AACGCACCACCACUACUAGAGUAAGACUGCCAGACUCGGAAGGUAACACCUGCGUACUGUAGAAGCCCAUUCGAGGCGUACUUAAUGAAUUAUCUAUGUUUUAGGUCACCCAACUGUCCACCCACGUUUACCGGAAGAGUUUACCGGCACCUGCGCAAUUAGAUUUACACCCACCCACACCCCCGUUCUUUUGCUGUAUGCGGCAUCGCAUCCGCGAGGCGAUUGAACCCGUCCAAUCCGUAGAUCCGUAGAUCCGAGAUGACGCCUUCGACGCGGUGGUGGUGCCCCGUAUUGUGCAUUCGAUGCGCUCGUUUUCGCAAACCCGCCCCGGUGUGCAAAGCCCAACAGCAGAAUGAGGAAGAAAAAUAAAUGCUCGAUCAUGUUCUGUUCCGGGGCUGUUGGGGUUGACAUGGGAAGCCACACACACAACACCGUUCAUGCGUGACGGUCUUGAGAUGUUGCUCGGCCCACCGUGGAGAGUUCGAUUUUUUGCCUGCCACAACAUUGGUUUCUUGGGAGGGUUGUUUUCAUCUUGGUUUCUUAUGCUGCUGAUGAACUUAGGGGGGGUGAGGUGGGGGGGGGGGGGUGAUGAAUUUCCCGGUCUGCCAAAAGAACGGUCCGAAGGUGGAACGAAUAGUCAAUGGAUGGCGUGGUGGCGUGAAUAGUAAUGGGAAGAACCUCCAGAAGCCGCCACUUCCCGUACCAGCCGUCCGGUGGUCGGUGAAUAUAUAUUUAAGGCCGGCAGCGGACGAUGCCCACGGUCAGUGGUGCUCGAGUGUUCGGUGAUUGUGAAUUGCGAUUUUCAAAGUGUUUCGACUCCCGAAAGCAAUCAUGAUGGUUGGAAGAAACUGGAAGUGCACGUGUCUGAUGCCUGUUAUUUGGCAAGCGCUGCUUGUCGUGACGAUCGGUAGUUUGUGUGUGGAGAACACCGGUGCGUAUCCGUAUGCGGAUGAUUUCCCGUAUCAGGUGCAUGGCCGCCCGGUAUCCGUAUCGUCCGCGUCGGGUGGUUCCGGUGUAAAGAAGCUGCUGAGCGGUAGCUCCAAGGGUGCGAGCGGUGAGGGUGGCAGUGAUGCGCGUGACCACCGUAAGGAGCACGCGUUCGACGAGGCGGGCAGUAUUGGGUCGGCCUCGGACGCUGUCCGCUACCAUCAACUCGACAAUCAACUGGACGGGCACCGGGUGCUGGAUGCGAGCAAGGGCAGUACGGUCGACAAGGUGAAGCAUCUGGCGGGGGAAAACUUUGAGGCGGACAAAUCGCACAACCGGAAGCACAUCAAGUCGGGAUUUAGCAACUCCUACCACAAGGACGAGAGUGGUAGCAAGAGUUCGUAUUACGAGGAUUCGGACGAUCAUGGCGGUAAGCAGGUGUACGAUAAUCGGCACAACCAGCGGAACGACUACGCGGACAAGCUGUACAGCCAGGAUCGGCGCAACGACUACCUGCGGGAUCACUACGAUGAUCGGGCCUCGGGUAGUGAGCUGCUGGGAGCGCACAACUAUCGGCGCGUAGGUGCCCUUGAUCGCGGUAACGCUUACGGCCAUCGCGACGGUUACGCACACAACGACCACAAUGAUCAACACUACGGUACGUCGGCGUACGGUGGCUACGACUAUUAUCAACCCGGUGCCAACUACCACCACUACGAUGAUCUGUACCGUCGCCGUUCGUACUACAAUCCGAGACCAUCGUUUGCCACCGCUCCGUUGCAACCGGCGCCGAUCACGAUUUACGAAGAUCCGCGCGACUAUGCACCGUACCCGGCCGCCCCCUAUCCGGUGCGUGAGGUGCGCGAUGGUUCGAGUGUGCUGAGCAGAGACGCAGCCGACUACCACCAUCAUCAUCAUCACCAUCCCCAAGAUCAGGACGGAUCGUUUGGGCAGCGGCGACGGCUCAUCUACCGGCCCAGUCCGGCACCAAUGCUGACCGGGUACAGCCGUUACUGAGCGGUAGGAGUGUCCUUUCCGCCCAGUAAAGUGCGCGCGACCGUCCAUUU